GGCCUAAUAUUUUCAGUUUUUUUUUCACAUGAAGAUGGAGUCCAUGAGAGGACAAGGUGGUGUUUCCAUGCUACUGACUGCAGAGCAAGAGGCUAGACAGAUCGUCUCUCGCGCGAGAAACAUGAAGUUGGAAAGAUUGAAGCAAGCAAAGGAUGAAGCUAAACGGGAAGCUGCUGCUUAUUAUACCUCAUUAGAGGAAGAGUAUCGAAGAAAAAUUUCUGAGAGCAGCGGCAGCUCUAAAUCAAACUCGAAAAGGCUUGAAGAGGAAACUGAGGUCAAGAUCGAGCGCCUGAAGGAUGCAUCCUCGAGUGUUCAUCCAGAAGUUGUGAGCAUGCUCAUGAAGCACAUCACAACCAUUAAAAUUUAG